GAAGAGAUUUCAGUUGGGUAGGAGAGGUGGUGGGUCUAUUCUCGAAUUCUUCCCUUCCAUUUCUUCUCAAAUUCCACACACCACCACUCCUACUUCAUCCUCUCCAUCAAUCCUCCCACCCCAUUUCCGAAUAUACACCUUCACCUAUUCACAUUAACCGGCCCCUUUUUGCGUGCAUAAUCUAAGCCCAUAUCCAUUUAUGCGCUACUGAAAAGGUCACAUUUUGGGAAGCCCCAUUUCUCUAAAAGACCAAUCAUCCCCAAAUUCCCAUCAUUGUACUCAUACGUUCUUUUCAGUAUUCCAAAAUUAAUUCCUCCCGCCUUUUUUAGUUGCUACUUGCUAUUAGCAGAAGAUCUUGUUUUAAUUUUGAAUUUUGGGUGGAAAUUGAGAUGGGGAAUGCUUGAUUUGAGAGAUUGAGAGGCUAAUUUGAAGGGGGGAAGGAUGUCUUGGAAGAGCAGAGGAGUAGAGUCAAAUUCGAAGAGUUUUGUUUCGAGGAAUCUCGCUCUUCUUCUCUGCGUUGGCUGCUUCUGCGCUGGGAUGCUCUUCACCGACAGGAUGUGGGCAGUUCCAGAAGCUAAAGAUAUGUCUAGGUUGGGAGGGGUUUCCGACGAGAAGCUUCAGUUAGUCUCAGAUGAUUGUUAUCCAAAAGUUAAGGAUGUGAAAUGGGGUUCGAAGGAUGUAUUAAGGACACCCGACACGGUUCAGACUCUCGAUAAAACAAUUUCAAAUUUGGAAAUGGAGCUAGCUGCCGCUAGGGCUGUACAGGAUUCCUUACUCAGUGGUUCCCCGAUAUCCGAAGACCUGAAAAUACCCGAAUUGACCAAAAAAAGAAAGUACUUGAUGGUCAUAGGCAUCAACACUGCUUUUAGUAGUCGAAAGAGAAGAGACUCGGUUCGCGCUACUUGGAUGCUACAAGGGGGCAAACGGAAACAGCUUGAGGAAGAAAAGGGAAUUAUUAUUCGAUUUGUGAUUGGUCACAGUGCAACAUCCGGUGGAAUUCUUGACAGAGCUAUUGAAGCCGAAGAUCGAAAACAUGGAGAUUUUCUAAGACUGGAUCAUGUCGAAGGAUACCUUGAACUAUCAGCCAAGACAAAAACCUAUUUCACCACUGCAGUUCAACUUUGGGAUGCGGAUUUCUACGUCAAAGUUGACGAUGACGUGCAUGUAAACAUAGCGACGUUGGGAGCGACUCUGGCUAGACAUCGUUCUAAACCUAGGGUGUACAUAGGAUGCAUGAAAUCUGGUCCGGUCCUGGCUCAGAAGGGAGUAAGAUAUCAUGAACCCGAGUAUUGGAAGUUUGGUGAAAAUGGAAACAAGUACUUCCGUCACGCUACAGGGCAAUUAUACGCUAUUUCAAGAGAUUUAGCUUCUUAUAUAUCAAUAAACCAGCAUGUACUGCACAAAUACGCGAACGAGGAUGUCUCGUUGGGAUCUUGGUUCAUCGGAUUGGAUGUGGAACAUAUAGACGACCGAAGAUUAUGUUGUGGCACACCACCUGAUUGCGAGUGGAAGGCCCAGGCAGGCAACAUAUGUGUUGCCUCGUUCGACUGGAGCUGCAGCGGGAUUUGCAAUUCUGCUGACAGAAUCAAGGAGGUGCACCGCCGGUGUGGAGAAGGCGAGAGUGCUGUGUGGAACGCGGCUUUCUGAUUCUCUUCCGACCAGUCACUGAGGCUGCAUCUAAUGGAAGGUUAGAUUGCUCCACGGCCUGUAGGUACGGGAUGAAACAUCCUCGUGCCUUAUCUUAGAAAUUUGCUCGUUAUACACGAUUCUUUCUAUAUUUCCUCGUAGAGUCGACCUGUAAUAUAUGCGUAUCUGCUCUGUUUUAGUCGAGAAGAUGGGUCGUUAUAGCAACUAUACGUAUAAAUUAGCGUGUUUAGGAUCGGUAGUGAAACUGGUAAUAAAUGUUUGUUUGCUGAGGUUUUGAUGCCUCUUUUUUUCAACCGUCGACCUAUUGGUUGAAGAGGAAGCGUUUUAGCAA